UCGUUCUCGCGUAAGGUUGUGGUCCAAACGCCGCCGCGGACACGCCACGGGUUGUGGUCAGUUUUUUUCGGUGUAGGUCUCUUCAAAGCGGGGAGGGGUGUCUCCCAACGCGGUGGUCACCAGGACCUUUGAAUAAGUGUGUUCGGAAGGAGGCUUUGAGGCUUACGGGUAUACAAUAACUGGGUGAUUUGAGGUUCCGUUUUGGCGCAUGAUGGCCAUCCGGGAACAUUUCGCGGAACCGGACGACCCGGGACGACGGCAGCGGCGACAGCAGCUGUGGAGUUGAUUUUGGGAACGCUCGUCGUGUAGAAACCGAAUCGAUUUCGCAUGCAGAGAUAUUGAUUGUGUGAAAAUAAAACGAACCACUUUUUUCCCACAGACUCUCCCCGUGUCCUCGUGCGGCGCUCCAACCUACUCUGGGUCAACCUUUCCCCCUCCCCAUGUGUCCCCGCCUGACCUCCGUGUUGGCCAAAACGAGACAUUCGCGUGUAUGAAUCCGUGCGUUUUCGUCCUUCAGCUCCGGAACUCCCGCGCCGCGCGCGCCUUCCGAGUGACCACGAGGAAGAACCUGCUCCGGAGAGCGAGAGCGUUAGCGUGAGCGUGAGUGCUUGGGUGAACCGGUUCGCGCCGGGGUGAGAGUGGGUGAGAAAAGCUCAGGACCUCCUCGCGACUCACCAGAGUGUGGGUUCUCCGUACGUCGUGUUCCGUGAGGUUGGGGGGUCCUGUUGGCCAGGGCCAGGUAUCUGGUGUGUGACGACUGUUUAGGGCGGUUCCGCACAGACUGUGGUGAGACUUUGUGCUGCGCUCCGUGUUGCAGAACUUGGAAGCUGUUCUAGAGGUUCCACGCGGACGGUUCAGGACUUCCGGAACGGGACAACGGUGCCCCCGCAAAGUGUAGUGUGGUCAGUGUUCGGUUCCGGUUCCCCGGGAGAAAGGAACCUUUCCUUUCCAGUGCCGCGGGAGCUACUUUUUCUUCACUCGAUCUCUUCAAAAAGUGUCCUAACCUCAAACGGGACGAAGUUGGAGUCGUUGCCGCAGCGGCGUGGUCCCGGGAACCACAUUCCGGCGACCUCGAGUCGUGUGUCCCCGUUGUCCGAACGGCCGGAACGGCUGGUGAAUUGCCAGGUCCCACAAAAUUGCUGGCCCUUGACGCAGCCCCGAAAAUAUCGAUAAAAGAUUGUGUGAGUGUGGACCAAAAGUGCGAGUGCGAGCGAGAGAGGGACCAGAACUCACACCAAGCAGCAGCAGAGAGAAAGAGUGCGCGCAGUGCAGUGUGCCGAGCGUGAGCGUGAGUGAAAGGUUCGUCAAAUUCGAGGAAAAUUCGUUUUUUUUUGUCUCUGUCUCGAGCCCACCCUCUCCCGGUGGCACCCACACCUAAAACGAAAGGGAGGGAGAGGAAGUUUGCUGGUUUGUUUUCGUGGCCUACUGUGCGACAUUCCGACCGACACAAACACACACACACACACACACACAUACAAAAACGUGCAAAGUGUUUUUUGUGUGUGCGCUGCGAAAAUCGAAACAAUAGAGAAGAGCGUGGAAAAGGAAGAAGGAAAAACCUCCUUGCAGUUGUUUUUCGCGGAUGAAAAAUUACACAAUCUUUCCGAGUGUUGAUUUUGACGUGUUUGUUUUUCACACAAACACUGAAGCAGAACUACUGACGAGAAUAGAAACAAUAGAAAUAGAGAAAAACUAGCGAAUCUUCGCGCCGCAAACAAGUUGGAACAUUUAGAAGAAAAAAAGUGUCGCCCUACAAAUGUUUUUCCUGGCGUAGACGUGUGUACGUGUAACCAAAAAUUCAUAACGCAAAGUGCUCUCUAUUUGUUGUUGGUUGAACUUCAAAGAAUUUUCACUCGCACACCGUGUGGCGCUGCUGUAGUGUGCUGUGCGAAAAAGAAAAAAAGUGAGAGAAACCUCCCGAAAAACAGGGCGUUCGUGUGAGUUUGUGGGUGUGUAGGAAUGUGUGCAAUAAAUUUCACCCAGCGUGGAGUGUGUAUGCCUAGCAUAGCGGAAUAAGAAGGAAAAAUAUCGAGCAAAAUUCAGGACGAAAAUUUAUGUACGUGUAAGCUACACAAAUAUACACACAUUUACGGGCUAAGCUGAGCGCGCUGUGGUGUGUGAUACGUGGAAAUAAUAGAAAAAAGGAAGAAAACGAAGCAAAAAGGGUGGUGGCGCGAAGAAGAUGAAAAUAAAUAAAUAUAUUUAUGUACAUUUGAGUGGUUGAUCGUGAAAAUUUCCGUGCAAUACACAUUCACACAAACACACACAAACUAGUCGUGUUGUUCCUGGAAAUGUUUUGUGGUCUGAGCUGAGAAGGACAAUUUUCUGUCUGUUAAAAAGACCUGAAAGUGUGGAGAUUUGAAGGUUCGUUGCAAUAUCAAGAGUUGCAUUUGUAAUAGAUGUAAUGCAAGGUUAGACUUUUGAUUAAGGAUCAACUCGUCGUUCAUCAUCGACGCUGUGUGAGUGGUACUUAAACUACUGUCAUCUACUAACCAAACCAACAAAUCAAACAACAGAACACUGACGUGUGGUACUAGUGAAAGUGUCGCGUAGAAUUUUUCCCCGGAAAAGUAGUGGAAUUGAAAGUGACUCGAUGAGCACCGUUUUGUGAGGGAGGGGAAUCGAAGAUCAAAAAGUGGAAGAAAAACACAAAGUUUGGAAUGGUGCGGUAGCCCGAUAAAGUGUCGAUAAGUCGUUCAGAGGGUUGUGUUGUAGCAUCUUUGUUCGUUGCCAAGACGAUUAAACGAACGAGACGUCCACCAUCAGCAGGAGCAGCGGAGUACUUUCAUCCUUCCAGUGCAUGCUCGAAAUGGCUGGUCUGCCAAUUAAGCCGGCCGUCUCCAUGUUAUGGCGGCAUACGGUGACCCUUCGAUGAUCUCUCCUCCGUCUUCCAUCUCAAACGGCCCGGAGCCCCAGUUACCGCCGUUACCACCACCGUUACGCUCGACGCAAGUGUUACAGCCCCUGUCCGUGUACCCAGUGUCAGCCUUGAGUCAGGAAGCGACGUAUGAUUAUGUCUUUGGGGGGCCCCUGGACUCGCAUGCCCUGUCGUCAACGCUUAAGCUGACCUCGCCGCCCAUACGACUGCGCUCGGACGUGUACCGUUCCCAAUCGCUCGACUCGCAGCGCAGCAGUGGCGUAGACGAUGGACGUUCGUCGUCCGCCCAGCAGCAGCAGCACUCACAGCAUCACCAUCACUCACUGCAGCACUCGCAGCACUCGUCGUCGCAGCAUCAGUACUCGCAUCAGCCCAGCUGCCACUCCCAGUCGCAGUCCCGUGCCAGCUCCCUCAAGCGGUCCUCGUCGCGGUACAUAAACUGCAACGACGGCACCGCCUCGAUUGGCUCCCGGAAGAGCAACCGAAGCGAUGGGGAGGACGAGGACUCCUUGCGUCAAUUGCUUAUCGAACUGCAGAAGCAGGUCAGCGUGAUGAGUAUGAACCUUUCGGCGAAGCUGGACGAUCUGCAGCGGGGUGACCGGCACCUGGAGACGACGGUCGCCCUCUGCGAGAUCCGGACGCAGCUGCAGGAGCUCACCAAGUCGGUGGAGAGCUGCCAGUCCGAGGUGUCGGAGGUGAAACGUGAUAUGGUACAAAUCAAGCACGAGCUCGAUACGGUGCAACAGGUGAAGGAGGAAAUCGAAGAGCUGCGGGAGUACGUGGACCGGCUCGAGGAGCACACACACCGCCGGAAGUUGCGCCUGCUGGAGCAAGGACUGACGUUCUUCCUGACGUACGCGAUCUUCGCGGCCGUGCUCGGGAUGCUGCAGUUCGGGUACAACACGGGCGUGAUCAACGCGCCCGAGGUCAACAUCGAGAACUUCAUGAAGGACGUGUACAAGGACCGGUACGGCGAGGACAUCAGCGAGGAGUUCAUCCAGCAGCUGUACUCGGUCGCGGUGUCGAUCUUCGCGAUCGGCGGCAUGCUCGGCGGCUUCAGCGGCGGCUGGAUGGCGAACCGGUUCGGGAGGAAAGGUGGCCUGCUGAUGAACAACGUGCUCGGCAUCACGGGCGCGUGCCUGAUGGGAUUCACAAAGAUGAGUCAUUCCUAUGAAAUUCUAUUCCUCGGACGAUUUAUAAUUGGUGUCAAUUGUGGCUUAAACACAUCAUUAGUACCAAUGUAUAUAUCUGAAAUUGCUCCAUUAAAUUUAAGAGGUGGUUUAGGUACCGUUAACCAAUUGGCUGUGACCGUAGGAUUAUUAUUAUCACAAGUACUGGGUAUAGAACAAAUUUUAGGAACUAAUGAUGGCUGGCCCGUGCUGUUAGGGUUGGCCAUCUGUCCAGCUAUACUGCAAUUACUACUCUUACCUAUUUGUCCCGAAUCACCUAGAUAUUUACUAAUUACAAAGCAGUGGGAAGAGGAGGCGCGAAAGGCUCUCCGGAGGCUCCGGGCGUCCAACCAGGUCGAGGAGGACAUCGAGGAGAUGCGAGCCGAGGAGCGGGCCCAGCAGUCGGAGAGCAGCAUAUCGACCAUCGAACUGAUAUGCUCGCCGACGCUGCGGGCGCCCCUCAUGAUCGGAAUUGUGAUGCAGCUGAGCCAGCAGUUUAGUGGAAUUAAUGCCGUAUUCUACUACUCGACGUCGCUCUUCAUGAGCUCGGGCCUGACGGAGGAGAGUGCUAAAUUUGCCACAAUAGGAAUCGGUGCAAUAAUGGUUGUGAUGACACUCGUAUCAAUACCACUAAUGGAUAGAACCGGUCGACGGACGCUGCAUUUAUACGGAUUAGGCGGAAUGUUUAUAUUUUCAAUAUUCAUAACGAUAUCGUUUUUAAUAAAGGAGUUUUUUGGUUACGUGCAGGAAAUGAUCGACUGGAUGUCCUACCUGUCGGUGGUGUCGACGCUGGCGUUCGUCGUGUUCUUCGCCGUCGGGCCGGGCUCGAUCCCGUGGAUGAUCACUGCCGAGCUGUUCAGCCAGGGGCCGCGGCCGAGCGCGAUGGCCAUCGCGGUGCUCGUCAACUGGAUGGCGAACUUCGUCGUUGGAAUUGGUUUCCCAAGUUUAAAGACUGCCUUGGAAAAUUAUACAUUCCUACCGUUUAGUGUAUUUUUAGCAAUAUUUUGGAUAUUUACAUAUAAAAAGGUUCCUGAGACCAAAAACAAAACGUUCGAAGAAAUUUUAGCACUAUUUAGGCACGGGAAUGGAAGAAACCUUCGUGAAAGUAGACUGUACGGGAGUAUGCUAAACUGCGUAAAUAAUCUGGAGCCGCAAAGUAUGAACUCGGGCAUCGAACGGGCCGCGCUGAUGAUCUCCGAGGAAAAGACCCAGCACGACUCACUGUACAGAACGGGCACCCUGGACGGCGAAAUGGGUCCAUAUCCGGUUGGAACGGCCACGCUGGACGGUGAGAUGGGCCCGUACCCGGUCGGGGACGCGCUGUUCGGAACGGCCACCCUGGACGGUGAGAUGGGGCCCUACCCGGUCGGGGACAAACUGUUCGGGGCCACCAUGGACGGCGAAAUGGGCCCGUAUCCGGUCGGGGACAGCACCAACCUGCUGGGCUAUGCCAUGUCGUACGGUGCGAGCGACGCCCUGACCUCGCUGGGCGGUUCCGGUCGGAACUACGGCACGACGGGACCAACGACUAUCAACACCGCGACCAGUACAACUUGCUCACCGAUGCCAAACCGGCGGACGGCCGCUUUGGGCCGGGGCCGGCGAAGGGAUUUGGGACGGGCACCGGCGGAAGGGGCGCCCGACGGUCAGGAGCAAAGCUACCAGCACCAGCAGCAUGGCCAACAGCAUGGUGUAGCCAGUCGGGACAGCUUCCGGAGGCAUUCGGCCCACGGAAGGAUAGUGUGCUCAGCUGCUUCAGAGCGUUGUUCCGGAGACGCCACAAGAAAUACUCAAAUGCGAACUGCUACCUGUGCGCCUCAUCACCAUCAUCAGCAAGUACCUGUCUGCCAGAACACAGGGCCUUGA